UUCCGCAUGGAAAGUGACUUCGUGUUUGCAAGAAGCAUAACAAAGAAUGCGGUGACAUUUGACCUAAAAAUAUCGAUCGUGUCAUUUUGGUGGACGGAUCAUUUUUGGUUGUGAAUGAGGAUAACAAAUUCGAGGAACGAUGCAUUACAUGUGUGAUUAGUUGAUACAUUCCAAAGGAUUCUAGCUCCAUUUUCUCCGUCAUUGAUCUGUCAGUGUCAGUUGGGAGCCAACGGUUGAGCUCAAGUGUCGAAGAAGACUGGAUAUAUAUUUAUUGUAUGGGUGCAUGCGCACGUGUGACGUAAUGAAAUCCCUUUCUCCACAUUAGCAAGAUUCGAUACUGACAUGUGUCUGAUCACACACCCUAAAGCACUUGAAUGACACUUGAACUGAAGAAAUCUUUCUUCACUAGUACCCCUACUAGUCACGUCUCUUGAAGAUUAAACACUUGUGAUUAUGGAUCCACGCGCUGUUGUUCAGAAGAAACUUUCAGCCGAUGAAACAUGUUUGAUUUGUACAGAGACUGCCCUGCUCCUGGACUAUGGUAAAUCCCCCAGAUACCUUGCCGUUGUGGAGAAACAAGACGACCAUGCGAUAUUUUUGUUCACUACAAGUCGGGUUCCUGUUCUAAGUGCUGGGGACCUUUCUGUUGAUCAAGUUCUACCUGUUGACUCAGACCUGGGCUGUUUCUUAGAUUCCUCCAACACUGUCAAAUCCAGUGACAAUCCUCAAGCAUUUCGAUUACGGCUGAAAUCCACCCAACACGACCUGCUCCUGGAGUUGCCUCAGCAACAGUCAACAACAGAUCUGCUCGGUCAGAUAAAGAGUGCAAAGGAUUUGUACACUCAGAAUGCAGGAUUCGGUUGUCGGUCAACCUUCAGCUGGCUAAGCAAGUAUUCUGGUGCAUCAAAAAACCCUUUCCAAGAUGACGUCUUUGAUCCCCUGGCACACAUGAACCUCACCAGCAAUGGUAUAGGACAGACAGUGGAUGUUGCAGCUGCUGAAAGACAAGGUUUCGAGGACGACUUCAGCAAUAUGUUGACUCUGAAUGCUUCCAAUCUGGCCAACAGCCAGAGCAGGGACUCACUGGACAUGCUUGACCGAGACGAGGAUGAGCCUGAUACAGUGUACAACAUUCAGAGGCAGCUGGGGAUUGGGUAUGGCCUGGAGAUGCCGGUAGGGCAGAAGCCGGUGACGGCAAGGGAGGUGUUCGUGAAACGCUACAUGGCUCAGAGAGAGGAGGAAUUCACCAAUAUAGAAAAGCUAACGGUGUUUUGCGGCACAUGGAAUGUUAACGGACAGUCCCCAAAGGAGCCCCUCAAGGAAUGGCUGGUGGUUGAUGAUGAACCUCCAGAUAUAUAUGCUAUAGGAUUUCAGGAACUAGAUCUGAGUAAGGAGGCAUUUAUAUUCACGGACUCUCCCCGGGAAGCAGAAUGGCAAAAAGCUGUGAAGAACUAUCUCCACCCUAAGGCAAAGUAUCGGAAGGUGAAGUCCUGUCGUCUUGUUGGGAUAUUGCUGAUUGUGUUUAUACAAGAGAAACACAUACCAAAUCUUCACUUCUUAGAUUCAGACCAGGUUGCCACGGGGAUCAUGGGAAUCAUGGGGAACAAGGGAGGUGUCGGUAUACGAAUGAGUGUCCACAACACGUCUUUCUGUUUCAUCAAUUCACAUCUAGCUGCACAUCAGGAGGAGUUCGAGAGGAGGAAUCAAGAUUAUCGAGACAUUGACGCCAAGAUGAAAUUCAAGCAGUUUUCACCACCAUUAACAAUUAAGGAACAUGACAUCACCUUCUUUAUAGGAGAUCUGAACUACCGUAUCUAUGGCAUGCCGAUUGAUGAGGUCAAGUACAAUAUCAGCAAUGGCCUCAAUGGUAAACUGCUACCAUAUGACCAGCUGUACAUGCAACUUGGCAAGUCAGAUGUGUUCAGUGGCUACUCAGAAGGUCCCAUUCAUUUCCAACCCACGUACAAAUAUGAUGUUGGUUCGGACAACUUUGACACAAGUGAGAAGUGUCGCGUCCCAGCAUGGUGUGACAGAAUACUGUGGAAGGGGGCUGGGGUUCGACAGAUACGGUACGACUCACACCCACAGCUCAGAGUCAGCGACCACAAGCCAGUCAGUGCUCUUUUUGAUGCUGGGAUCCGAGUAAUCGAUGUGGAGAAGUCCAAGAAGGUGUACGAGGAUGUGAUGAAGAAGCUUGACAGGAUUGAGAAUGAGUAUCUGCCACAAGUCAAGCUGGACAACACAGAGUUUGUCUUUGAAGACGUCAAGUUCAACGAGCCACAGAAGAGGGUUCUGACUGUGGCCAACAUUGGUCAGGUGCCUGUGGAGUUUGAAUUCAUCAACAAGUUGGAUGACAUCAGCUUCUGCAAGCCCUGGUUGAAUGUCACACCUUGUAAAGACAGCAUCCUGCCGGGGGACUGCUGCGACAUAUCUCUAAUGGUGUUUGUGGACAAGGACACUGCUGGUGAUCUCAAUUCCAAGGCCGAGAAGAUGGAUGAUAUUCUGGUGCUUCACCUGACUGGUGGCAAAGAUUUCUUCAUUCCUGUCAGUGGAAAGUACAUCCCCAGUAGUUAUGGAACACCAAUCGAGACACUUGUCCAGAUGCAUGGGCCAAUCAGAGAAGUCGCAGUUGGAGACCUCAUCUCAUUUGGGACAUCUAUGAGGACAAACACCACUGCUGACAGCUCUCUUCAACCGUAUAUCUGUCCAAAAGAAAUAUCACGUCUUGUGAAUCACCUCUUCAAAUAUGGCAAGGAGCAGGAGGACCUGUUUCUUCAACCAGGCAAACAGGCAGAAAUACAGAUGAUACGAGAUGCGCUGGACACUGGCAACCCUGAUCUCAUUCCUGGCAGUGUCCACUCCGUGGCCGAGGCGAUGCUGCUGUUCCUUGAGUCCCUCCCCCAGCCGGUCAUCCCUUUUGCCCAAUAUCAGACCUGCCUGGACUGUUCCAAUAACUUCCUGCUCAGCAAACAGGCAUUACAAAAGAUUCCGCAGAGUCACAGAAACGUCUUCAAAUACCUGUGUGCUUUCCUCAGAGAACUACUUAAAUUCAGUGAUAAGAACAAUCUUGAAGCCAAAUUCCUUGCAUCCCUGUUCGGCAAUGUGUUCCUGAGGACAAGGCCAGGCAAGGAGGUCGGGUCACCUUUAGCCCGCAGGGAAAAGGCACGGUUGGAAGAGGCUAAGAAGGCUGCAUUUGUGUAUCAUUUUCUCACCAAUGAUUAUGAUGAAUGAAUUGAGUACAAAUAGUCUCACAGUUACCUAUCACUGACUAUCACUUACAAAUUGUUCUCUCAUUUGAAACCAAAGAUUUUGACUAUGAAAAAUGCACAUGUCCUCGAAUAUGGUGCACAAAAUCAAGGCACUCCAGUUUGACUGUUACACAUCUCACUCGAGAUCACUUGACUUUGCCAUCCUCUACAUGAACGAGCGUGUAUGGUAAUGUUUUCAAGAAGAAAUGAGUCACAUUCUCACAGAGAAAAGCAGGAAGAGAUUGUGAGUACCUAUCGUCGAAUGUACUGUUCAGGAUGCAUUAAAUUGCAAGAUCAGAGUUUCGGGAUUUAUGUCCAUGGUUAAUGUUUUUCUUGCAUAUUCUGAUAGAAGUUUAUUAUGUCAACACACCAUACUUUUUAGAUGUUUUUGCAAACACAAAGUCUGUUUUAUGUAAAAGUUCAAAUGCUCACCAUUGUUCCCUGCCGUUUGUUUGUAAGAUCACCGUCUGAACACAUGACCCCAAUAUUCUCAGUGUUUCCUCACACUAGCAAGAGUGAGCAGGGUUGCAUUCGUCUUCAGUAAGGCCUUUCAGUAGACUUGUUCAGGGUUGUACCUGAGUAGCAUCACCUUUAUGAUGUAUUCUAAGGAAUCGAUUUUAGUUUUCUGUGCAAUGGGAUUUUUCCUUUCCUGGAGCGCUUGAUCUCUCGACUAGGCAGAUUAGUAAGUUUGGAAAGAUAAGCACUGUAUCUUAUUGAACACCAGUAAAAUGAUAAAAUGGAAGGCUGUGUUCUUGCUCCUUCAAAAAAUAGAAAAUAGUCAAAUUCACAAAAAGUGUUCGCUUGUUCUUGUUAUGCUAUCAAAUGGUCUGACUCUAUGAUAGUUAUGUGAGUAAAACAUUGGUGUAUUUGCAGCCCAUUCAAAAUCAUUAGCAUAUGAAAAAAAACAUGUUUUAUUUUACUGAUACUUCCUGCUGUACCAAAAAGUAUGUUUUUUGUGUGCCUUUUUUUACAUUUUUUUGUAAAUUACAAACAGCUGAUUCAAAUGACUACAGGUAAUCAGUUGAACGGAUACAGGUAACUAGUUAAAUUGAUACAGGUAAUUGUUUAAAUGGAUACAAACAUUUGAUUUCUAUAUCUCAAUGAUCAAAGAAAUCACCCUCAGCUUUAUCAGUGAAAACCUUAUUGGGAAAUAUAAUGAUUGUUUCUCUAAUAUUUUAUUUUGGUAAAACAUAUGCAUGAAAAAGUGUGAUCAAAACAAAUUUGUUUUAUUCAUUUCAUUUCACAAGGACAUGACCCUAGUCCAACCAUGGUGUGCCAAAACCAUACAGAAUUACGAAACAUAAACUUGCUCUCAAAAUAUUAUUAUUUUCAGUAAUGUCACUUCAGAGUGUUUUAUCCCAAAGGUAAACAAAAUGUAAUAAUGUAGCUUGGUUAAUCAGUGAAAGUUCUUCAUGUAUCAAUGUCAAUUUCUGUGAUAUUAUAAAUGUGCAUAAUACAAAUAAUUAUGUAAAUUAUGCUUUGUGUGUUUGGUAUUUGAAGUUUUUAGGGAAACAAAACAAACAUGUUAUAGAGAGCCACAAAUAGUCAUAAAUAAUCUCUACAUUGUUUUCUUGUUUAAACAGGCUUUACAUUCCAAGAUAAGAAUAUCAUUCUUUGGUGGUGAAUUGUUUUGCCCAAACGCAACUGGUUGUCAAAUUAUGUUGAUUUUUUUGUAAAACCAAGCAAAAAGUAUUUCACGUGAUGGUGGUUCCUAAACUUAUUUUUUCUGUAAAUGAAAACAAGUGGUUUCAAUGUGUAGUUGCCAUGACAUUUGUAUAGAGUGCAGUCCUUGAUAGAAGUUGGUAGAAUGUGAAGUUUUAUAUGGUUAACAACUUCAAUAUUGUUUCAUAUAGAAACAGGAAUUUGUUUCAUGUCAAUUUGUAUAGGUGGCUUUUGAGCUGUUUUAUAUUGUAAAUACGUCAACAUUGUGAUGAUAGGGUGACAUAUUCAGUCAGACAGGCUUGAAUAAAAAUGGCAAUCUUGUCUACAAUGUUUGUAAUUAUGCAGAUGUUUUUUUCUUCUUCAGACCAUAAUGUCAUAACCUGUCUAUCAGACCAUUCCUCCAAACAAUCUGUAAACAUGCAAAAUAGCAAUGUUCACUUCAGCAACAAACCAUGAAAUAGAUAUAUUAAAAAUAUUCUGUUAUUCAAAAUGUUUCUAGUCUUCAGUGUAGAGCCUGAGUCCAGUCUAUAGGUUUUUUGAGCAAGUCACGACAGUAUCCACACACAAAAAUAGCAAAUUGGUAAUGUCAGUAAAUUUUUUGAUUCAGCGAAAAAAUAUUUGUCUCAGAGAGCUUAUAAUAUUUUUUUAAUAUCUCAACUCUCAAAAUUUUAUUCAACAAAGGUGAGCUUCUGUGCUUCCAGCUGAUUUAAAUCAUUGCUGUCAACGUUUGUUCCUCUUGAAAGAUCACUGAACUUUACCCUCCAAUAAAUAUCAGUGACCAUAUUGACAUCAUCAUUCAGCGAGGCAGUACUUAAACAUGAUAACUACCUGUACAUGAACAUCUCUCAGUUGUUUGUUAUUUGGAAUAUAGAUCUGCUGUGGUAUUUGGGGUGCAAGAAAUGUGCUAAACUGAUUUUGUGAAUUUUUGUUACUGAUGUGUCAACCGAGAGAAAUUCAGAUCUAUCGUGCGAUGAUUAUCAAGCUUUUGUGUAGGUUACAAGUGCUGUGUGUGACACUGGAAGCAUAUCUUUGUGUUAGCAGCAUUCAUGUUUAAUCCAAAUCAGCCACUGAUCAUAUCAAUGUUUUUCUUGUGGUAGGAUGAAGCUGUCCUUUUUACGACAAAACAAUAUAAAUGCAUUUAGAAAUAAUUAAUAACAUCUUAUUGUAUAUUGAAAUAUUUUGUCUACAAGAUUAAUAGUAAGGAAAAUGAUACCAAAACUGGGGUUUAUUUCUACCCAAUCAGAGGCUAACAUUCAGCCAAAUCUGCAGCAAAUGUUAAAGUUACAAAUUGGAAUUAAAUAUUUUCAAAACUCAUGUUGAUAUAGUUAUAUCUAAUGUUGUGGCUAUGUCGCUGAUAACAGUUCAUGUUGAAGAGACUUUAAAUCCCAGGGCCUAGAUUUUCGGAAGCUCUCUUAACACUACGAUAGUCGUAAGUUAAUGUUAAUGUAUGGCUCUUACACUGAUCUUAGCGCUAAGAGAGCAUCGAAAAUCUAGUCCCAGCUUCACAUCAUUCACGAUGGUAAAAUAACUCUGAAUGUGGUUAAAAAAGAAAGUCCCAAUUUUGAAGACAAUAACAAUUAAGUCCCAAUUUGCCCUCCAGGGUCAUCCAAGAUGAAUCCCUGCCUAACUCAAUACCGACAUUUUUGUUUUCUUCCCGCCCUCAUCUUCGGUUUGCUUCGAAAAUAUAUAAAAUAUAUUUGUGAUAUGUCCGUCCUUUACAUGAGAGGUAUGGUAUUUAUUAGAGUAGAUAAAAAUGAACCAACUGUCUGGUCCACAUCACUGGUGAAACAACAUGGAUUCUGACAGAUUGCUUCCGUUUUUACACAGACAAUAAAACAUGAUGAUAUCUACCAUUGCAACUACAAUUUGUAUUCAUUUUUUUAAAAUUACCAUUUUGUAGUUCCUCUUGAAAAGAUAGGAGCCAGAUGAUUAUGCUUGAGUUCAUAAAAAAUGGCAUCCAGAUUCAGAAUUUUGAAUGUGAAGCUUGAAAGAAUUUUCGAAUGAAAUAUAAUAUAUCCUUGUACUUCAGUUGUUACCAUCCAACUCAUUACGCUAGGCAAUAUACACCAUUCUUUGUUAGAAUGUAAAAGGUAUGUUUGACCCAUUCACUUUGACUAUUUGAUGGUCAUAUAGAUUUCAGUGGUUUCAUUUUGUUUUUCCAAUAUGAUUCAGUGUUAUUUUUAUUGUCUAGGUUUGUGUCUCCACAUCUGGAUUAUUUAUAAUUUUAGAAUUAUGACUUUGACUAGGUAAUAUUGGAUUGAGGAAAUGUAGUUAUUUUAAGAGAUUUUGUAGUUGUAAGUCUUUGGAAACAGGUUUGUUCAAUUUUGAAGACCUUUCAUUUCAAAUUUUAUAUGGCAUUGCCAUUUUCUCUGAAUUGUUUAAAUUGAAAGUACUUUUAUCAUAAAGUUCCUUCGUCUGUAACAUAUUGAUACAAAACAGGGGAAUAUACUGGAUUUGACUGAACUUAAUAUUUUUUAAACAAUUCUUCAUCAAGACCACCAGAUACAAAUCUUUUGUGAGAAUUUCUGGUGAUCAAAUUGUGAUAUCUGAUGUCCAUUGUAAUCAGAAGGGCGGUGGGUAGACUAAUGAUUAAAGUCUCCGCUCGUCACGCCGUAGACCCAGGUUCGAUUCCCCACAUGGGUACAAUGUGUGAAACACAUGUCUGGCGUCCCCUGCCGUGAUAUUGCUGGAAUAUUGCUGAAAGCGGCGUAAAACUCAACUCACACACUCACAGUAAUCAGAAGCAGAUUCAGGUAUCAUUAUUUUUUCUUAAGGAAACAUUGUGUAAUACUUUCAUAGUUAAGGCAUAUUGACCAAGAUCCUGCUGUAACAGUAGGAUACAAAUUGAGUGCUUGUAGCACCUUUGUGAUGUUGUGUGCCUUUGUGUCAUUUCAGUAUGGAAUAUUUUCGACAAAACUUCUGUAAAUAUAUUGUAAAUAGCCCAUACUGUUUAUAGUCAAUAUUUAUUGCCCUAGGAGGAAAUUGUAAAUGUUCUGUCCCAGUUUCACAAAGCAGUUGAGUGCUACAAGUGUCAUAAGUCCAAUGUUUAGGUCAGAGUGGUAGACGAAGCACAGCAACAACUUCAUGAAACAGGGCCCUACGUUUCCGCCAUUGUGUGCAAGAUGUGUGUGAUUUCUCUUAAUAACUCAGUUGCAUAUUAUGAUUUUUAUUCAGUAAAUGAUGAAAUAAUAUGACAUUAAUGAAUUCUAAGAUCAUAUGUAUUUUACAGAUUUGAUUGUGUAUAUGUAUUUCAGUGGAUAUACUUAGUGAAUGGUCAGUUUAGAUAAGUGUUAAGUGUGUGAGAGCUAUCUGGGCUUGUGUGCUUUAGAAGGGUAUGACUUUGUUUUAUAAAAGCUAAAUUGUAAUUUAAAUAUGACCAGUGUGCAGCAAGCUUAAGCGGAUCUCAAUACCUCAGACCUUUAUACUGAUGGUAAAUAGUAAUGCAUCUUCAUGCUUAAUUCCAGUGUUUUCAUUUUCCACUGAAGAAAGUGAAGUGGGUUUUCAUCCUUUGAGAAUAUAAGGGAAUUGUUUGAAAAUUUACUUGAUUUUCUACAUUUUGACAAUGGUUGCAUCUUUUGGGAGCGAAACAGUGUUGUUAUUUAUCUUUAUUAUUGCUUUUGUUGUCAUGGUUGUUGUUAUGUUGUCAGAAGUGGUUUACUGUUUACCGAACGAACAGUACACUUUCAUGGCCACCUGCUAAUAUGGUACAGGAAAUUUCAAUAAAUGAACAAGUACACUGAUAGUUGCUUAACUUUUAACCAUCAGUAUAUGCACCAUUUAAAAAAUGAGUGUGACUUUACAACUGUUAAAAUUAGUGGUAUUUGCUUCAACAAAUGUCUGGUCAAAAUAUGCAUGUGUAUUGCAAGCAGUGUGCAAAAUAGUUUCCAACUUGUGCUAGCCAGUUGGGGUAGCUAUGCCUGAAAGUUACUAGGUCAGAAAAUAAUUCACUAGUCCGAAAUGUGAAUGUAAAAACUAAGCAAAGGAUUACACAAAGGUAAGAUGCUAAUAUGAUGGACAUUUUUAUCAGGCCAUAAUCUUGCAUGAGAUAAAAGUGUAUUAUAACUUAACAAGUCAGAGAGUGUGAUAUGUUAACAAAAUGACCCAUGAACAUUCACUAGCCAUUCGGGCCAGUGACUGUCGAGAUUCACUGGCCCAAUUGGCUUUUUACUAGCCAUGGGCUAGUGGGCCAGUGGCUAUUUCACACACUGAUUGCAAGGCAAGAAUUAACUACCUUUAUUUAAGGCUGUCAAGUAUUCCGGUAAAAGUGAAGGUUUUCCUGGCAUGCAAACACAGUGUUAUGUUUCCAGACCAUCUGUUUCUUUCUGAACUGAAAAAUGUUGAAGGCCUCUCUGACGUGCUGUAGGUGUCUCUGACUCAUCUAGGAAUUCUACAGCGAAACAUCCGGGUAAUUGUGAAUGAAAAGUUACCAGUGGUAUUUUGUCCUUACAUAUGUUGCUCAAAUUGUUGUGCAUAGAUUCCAUGAACUUGGAGAGUCCGUACAUCAUUCUGUUUCUUCACUCUUUAAGCAUUUGUGUUGCCACAUGCCAUUAUCUGAUAUAGUUAGAGAUAAAGAAUAAAUGUAUGACUUAUCUAAUCAGAUAUUAGGCACAGAGAGUGUCUUUUAUAUUUUAAUUUCUGCACUGAUAAUGAACAUCGAGGAGAGUUCUAUGGAUAUACAACUUCUUUAAUAUAAUAUGAGCGACGUUUCAGUGUAGCUACUAACAUUGUUAUCAAGCAAAUGUUAGUAGCUACACCGAAACGUCGCUCAUAUUAUAUCAAAGAAGUUGUAUAUCCAUAGAACUAUCCUCAUUGUUCAUCACACCAACUUCUAAAUGCCACUCAAACAAGGCACUGAUAAUGGUUCAUAACUGUAACUGUUGUAAAAGUCAGUAAAGAAAUGACAGUGUU